AUGGGCAAUUACCGGGCAGACGCGCAGUUAUCAAAACCCUGUGGCACUCACCCUCGACCCAGACAGUCGCCGGACAAGGACAAUCGGUUCCGUCUUCGCGACGAUGGCACGCAUGAGCACCGUCUGUACGACGACAGGAGACAGGAUUGUCUCCUGGAGAUGCUGCAGGACACGCUCAGGGCGAUGAAAGAGACGAAGGGCCAGACGAGUCAGACGGGUCAGACGAGUACAGGGACCUCCCCGGAGUCUCGACCAGCGGGAGAUCCUCCUCGUCAGUUGUCAACGACGGAGUCUCUCAUCGAACGAUACGGAAACUACAAAUCACAGAUUGGGCGCGGGUCGUCAGGCAUCGUCAGGGUGACGUUCAAGCCUCACUCCGAGGAAUGUCCCACAGGACGACUUUUCGCAGUGAAGAAGUUUGAGAUCCGGCCGCGCGAGUCGCGGAAGAAGUACCUGAAGCGGCUGGGGGCGGAGUUCUGCAUCUCAUCGGCACUGCGCCAUCCGAACGUCAUCGCGACGCUGGAUCUGAUCCGGGACGACAGCGACGGGAACUUCUGCGAGAUCAUGGAGUACUGCUGCGGCGGGGACGUGUACACACGAGUCCGGUCAGCGGGCAGACUUUCAGCCGCGGAGGCGAACUGCUACUUCAAGCAGCUGCUGCGCGGGCUGGAGUAUCUGCACCAGACGGGCGUGGCGCACCGCGACCUGAAGCCGGACAACCUGCUGCUGACGCGGAAGGGAGCGCUGAAGAUCGCCGAUUUUGGCAACGCCGAGUGCUUCCGCCUGCCAUGGGAGAAGACAACGCACCUGACGACGGGGCUGUGCGGGUCGUUUCCCUACAUCAGCCCGGAGCAGUAUGCCCGGUACACGGACGGGCAGGACGAGUAUUUCGACGCCCGGGCGGUCGACAUCUGGGCGGCGGGAGUCGUGUAUAUGGACAUGCGGACGGGGCGGCACCUGUGGCGGUUUGCCGUCACCAGCCGGGACAGCGACUACCGGGAGUAUGUGCGCGAUCGGACGGAGACGGGCAUGUACGAGCCGAUCGAAGCGUUGGGGGCACCUUGUCGCAAUGUGAUCUACGCCAUGCUCGACCCGUCGUGGCGGCAUCGUCCGAUGGCGUCCGAGGUGCUUCAUUCGGACUGGGUCGAAAGGAUCUAUGUCUGCAGCGCUGGCGAGAGUGGGUGUUAG